GCUCCGAGUGCGCAGGGGGGCGUCUGAUCAAAUACUGCAGAGGAAGAGGAAAAAAUUUUAGACCGUAGCAGCCCUUCUUCCAGUCUUGCACGCCGCCGCGCAGUUUGCUCUAGUCGCCGGGCGAUGGAUUCCGGCAGCAAAGAGAUCGCCUUCGACUGCAGCUCCUUCCGACUGUACAUGGACGGCCGCGUCGACCGUAACCCCCACCGCAUGGAAACCAUGCCCGCCGGCUUCGACGCCGCCACGGGCGUCGACUCCAAGGACGUCGUCAUCGACGCGGCCACGGGCGCCACCGUGCGGCUCUACCUGCCGCCUCUCCAGGGGGCCGCGACGACCAAGCUCCCGAUCCUCGUCUUCUUCCACGGCGGCUACUUCAUCGUCGGCUCGGACGCGGAGCCCAUGUACCACCGCUACGUCAACUCCCUGGUCGCCAGGGCACGCGUCGUCGCCGUCUCCGUCGAGUACCGCCUCGCGCCCGAACACCCGCUCCCGGCAGCCUACGACGACUCCUGGGCCGCGCUCGAGUGGGCGGUCUCCCGCGCGGACCCGUGGCUCUCCGACCACGGCGACCUCGGCCGCGUCUUCCUGGCCGGCGUCAGCGCCGGAGGGAACAUCGUCCACAACAUGGCCGCCGCCGUGGGUGCGAGCGGCUUGCCCGCCGUCGAACCAGCGCGUAUAGGAGGCGUGAUCGAGCUCCACCCUUCCUUCUCCGGUGAGCAGAAGAUGGAGGUUGAGGAUGAAGCGUUCUUUCAAGCUAACAAUGACAGGUGGAAGAUCAUCUUCCCCGGCGCGACGGGAGGCGUUGACGAUCCAAGGAUUAACCCGACGGCGGACGGCGCGCCGAGCCUGACGAAGCUGGCUGGCCAGAGGCUGCUCGUGUGCACGGCGUCGGAGGACCCGAGGGCGCAGAGGGCACGGGCAUACUGCGACGCGGUGCGGGCCAGCGGCUGGCGCGGGAAGGCGGAGUGGUUCGAGUCGGAAGGCGAGGGCCACGGCUUCUUCGUCCUCAACCCCGGCACCAGUACGGCGGUUGCUCUGAUGGAUCGUGUGGUGGCUUUCCUUGCUGGCCAUUGACCGACCAGCGACCUCAACCUCAAGUGUUUGUCGCUGCUUGCUACUACCUACAAUACAUUCCAGCGCUGCUUUGAUGUCCUAUGUGUGUGUUUUGUUGGAAUAACAUCGUCGCCAUUGAUGCAAAAACGAAUGGAGCGAAACCUGCUUCCAUUUGGAAGGACGAAGCAACCAUUGUUUAUGUUCAAAAGGUGUGUGAUUGGGUUGUGCUGUGCAGAUUUAUUUAUUUAUACCCAUCAACUGCGUGUACCAAGGACUAUGCUUAAUUUGAUGGGCA